GGUUGGAGCGAAGCAGACUCUCGAAUCACGUGCUCCCCGCGUAAUGGCAGUCCGUCGUCGCCUGCCCCUCAACACUUGCAUGUCCAUCACCAUCCACAUGGCCACAAGUCUUGCGAUGCCCUCAUACUGAUGAUUCUUCGCAUAUCCAACCCAGCACGCCUUCUCUCGGCUGAGACAGCUAUGGCGCAACUGGGUAGACGUGCGAGGCCUUUCGCGCUUCAUGUGUGUUGUAGUCGCUGCUCGAAGCGGCACAUGAAGCUGUCUGCGUUUCAGAAGGAUACAAGCGCACUACCUUGUGCCAACGGUUGACAUCUGUCCGGCCGCUCUUCGAACGCCUACUGGAUUUCUCUUUGUUAAUCCCUUAUCCAGCAUCAAGUAGCGGAAAGCUUCAAUUUUCCAGGUUAAUAUGCCCAAAGCGCCCGCGGCGCUUCGAGUCCCUUUGCUUCAGUCUCCAUUUCUGAGCUCUUGAGGGCGUUACUUUCUACGAGCUGUCGUCUGCAUGGCCUCUCCGCAAGAGUCGACUACAACGGUGAGCGGGAGACGGUGUACGCGCUCCCGGGCCCGAACAGCGGCCACAUCCACCCUCACGACAGUAGAGCCAUCAGUCAUUACUCCCACUGAGUUUACUACCUCCACAGCCGUGGAACAGGCACCGCAAGUACGAACGAGCGCUGCUGAACCGCCUCUGCCUCCUCCUCCUCCUCCUCCUCCUCCUCCUCCUCCGCCGCCGCCGCCGCCGUCGCCGCCGCCGUCACCGCCACCUUCCUCGACUGCGCCAGCACAGCAACCAGCCGUUGCGCCCACAACAGAAGCAACAGUUUCUUCCGCGAUAGGUACGAGUAGUCCGGUUCCUAUAUCAUCUCCGCGGAACAUACCGCUUGCAAACCUUGCGCCGUCCGGACCAACCGUAGAGCUGUCGCGCAGGCCAACGGCAGUGCCUUCGCAAGUCGUUGACGUCACUUCGACUUCUCCCACAGGCCCAGCAUCAACAAGCUCUGACACAUUGGCUCUAGCUGUUCCUACAUCGUCGCCCGUUGCAUCGUCGAUUGGACCGCCUUCCUUUACAGCUCCAGCUGCUUCAGCCGCCCCGUCGUCCGUCAACGCAGUUCCCGAGCAGUCUAGCCAAACAGAUGUAGAGCCGCUCCCAUCCUCUGUAGAUACAACAGCCCCGACACAACCACAACAGUCGACUUCUGCUGUGGUCCCCCUUCCAUCCGGAGGUUCGGCCGGCAUAAUUUCACCGGACAGCCCCGAUAACAAUGGUGCUCUCACUCUGCCCAACACCGGCGACGCAAACAUCGGCAGUAUUGUGGGAGGUGUCAUCGGUGGUGUCGUAGGUCUUGCCUUAAUCACUGGCUUGCUAUUCUUCUGUCUGCGGAAGCGGAAAACAAGAGCACCGAGAUGGAAUGAGAAGCGGCAGGCAGGACCAGCUUUCAUGGAAAAGAUGAAAGGCAUCCCGGCUGGACUUGGCGUCUUAUUCGCAAAAAUAAAAGGAAAGAAGUCUGGCCCGUUGGCGAACCCUUACCAGCGACAUAGUGGACAUACCAGUGUGAGCUCGGUGUACUCGACAGACGGCCGCGUUCGAUCGACCAGUGAACCGCAGGGAAUAAUGGCUGUGCAACGCGGAGGCUCCGUCAGAAGUACAUCAAGCAAGAAGAGCGAAAGGAACCUCCUUCGAAAGAAGCCAGGCAGCCUCUCGUCUGAUUAUCGCUUUCCUGGUUUCAUGGAAGCUGCGCCCUCGCAAAACAAAGGCGAUGUGAACCCUUUCACAGAUCCUGCACCACCAAGGAAUCUGCAGCUACUUAAUCCCGAUCCCAGAAGCGGCCCUAGUACACCGUUACCCGCAGCCACAUUAGAUCGCGCAUCCAAGGAUCCUUUUGCGUCGCUCCUCAACCAAAUUGAAUAUGCACCGAACUGGCUGGGAGGUGCAAAUUCCACCCCAGGCCAUACGCGCACUCAAAGUUCAGCUUCAGCCUUGCGCCCACAUCCUCCCUCAUCUAUAUACCCACCCGGUGACGAUCCUUUUGCAGAUCCUUCAAGCAUCCCGCCCAAGCCUGCUCAGGCUGUACUACCAGAUCAGAAACGGCGGUCUUCCAUGGCAUAUCCAGUUUUCGACGCAACCUCGAGCGGCGCAUCUCGCGACUCCCAUUUCACCUUCUUCGGCGAGCCUGGUCCGAGUCGACCCGGCACCAACAUGUUCACACCAGGGCUUCCUACUGGCCGUACAGUCCGGCAGUCUGACCCCUUCGACCUUGAUCGCCCUGAAGUCUUGGGCUUCGGCAGUGUACUGGGUCGCAGGGAAGUGCAAGCGAGCGUUACGAGGCAGGCAACGAGGAGUAAGCGAACGAGCAGCGUUGGCAACUGGAUCAACGUGGCAGAUGGUCCCUUUGGGCCAUAUGAAAGAGAUAGCGCGAAGCCAGUGCCGUUGUGGAGUGCUGGCAUUAGGAGGUAACGAUGAUGAUGUAUGUUACGACCACUCAAACUUCGUGCAAGUUGCUGCCCCUGAGCGCACAAGUCGCGACAUGAGAUGAUACAUGCGCAAGUUGCUUUGAGCACAAGACGCAAGCUUAAUGAGGAUAACUAUGGCGUUAAUGAGGUCACUGAUGGCAGGAAGCAUUCCAAUGGUCCAUCGAAUGGCGUACAGGAAAUCAUGUGUCGUCGGCCACGUAACUUUUCUAUUUGUUUUCUAUCGUGGCCACCUGGCAUGCAUCUGUAGCAUAUUCUCCACACUAUUGUACUAGCAUUAGAAUACCCCCGAUCAGACGAUCUCUCGUUUCAGUUUCAGAACCAAUAUAUCUCUAGCACGCUACUUUGAACACCCUCCAAUAGAUUAGAUGACA